AUUUCUACCCCCACCGAGGUGCCCCCAAAACCUACAUGAUUAUAAAUAAACCACGUGAUCUUGCCAGGUUACUAGACCAGGAAGAAAACAUAUAGGAGCUACCAUGUUGAUUCGCGAAGAAUUCUCCUAAAAUACUUCAAGACUUCCGACCAUGUUGCCCCGCAGUUGGGCCCAAGAUGUGUUACGGUGUCAUCUCUGUGAGACCCCGGGCCCCCCUAUGUACUGUGACAUUUGUCACAUACAUCUAUGUACAGCCUGUGUGGGGGAACACCUCUGUGAUGAAUCCAAAGAUCACAAAGUUGUGCCAUUUAAAAAGCGAGGACUUAAUCCGAAAUGUUCAAAACAUUCAACACAAUUAUGUGAACUUUAUUGUGAACACUGUGACAUUCCUAUUUGUUUGGAGUGCGUCUCCUCUCGUGAACAUCUAGGACAUGAACAAAUGAACAUUCGGAAAUUACUUGAUGCAAAGAAAGAAGCUUUACAUAGAGAUUUACACGAAUUAGAAAAUUCAAUUUAUCCGAAAUGCCAAAAGAUUGCAUCCAUCAUACCGGUUCAGAAAGCUGAUCUCAGUCAAAAUUCCAAGAAAUUAACAGUAGAUAUUAAUAAUCAUGGAGAAGAAUUACUCAGAGAAAUAGACAGUGCUAUCAAGAAAAUGAAAUCUGAUAUAGAAAAAAUGGAAUCCAAAAACUUCAUUGUCCUUGAUAAGCAGGAAAAUGAGGUCAAACGCAUUAUUUCUGAAAUCGAACAGAGUAUUGCUGAUCUGAACAAGUUACUGAACUCCAAUGAUGUCAGCCUUCUUUCUGCCUACAAAUCAAGGAAUGCUGAAUUCAGACGAUUGCCUCCUAAACUCUCAAUUUCCUUACCAAGAUUCACCCCUCAGAAGAUUAACAAAGAGCAAAUUUAUCAGCAGAUUGGUUCUCUGUCAGCGUUAUCCAUCAUAACAGAAGAACAUGGCUACACAAUAGAUUCUCCCGGUGCUGAGUCCUCUCCUCCGGACAAACCAUUCAUUGAUGUACCACGGAUAAUCAUGGAUUUCAACACCGAGUAUAAAGGAUGUGAGGAUGAAUUACGCUGUGUUUCCUGUCUGGGUGAUAAUGAAGUGUGGACGAGUGGUGAGGACGACAUGAUGAGACUCUACAACCUCCACGGUAAACUAGUGAAGUCAAUCCAAACCAAGUCUUUGAACAUGCCAGGUGACAUAACAGUGACACAGAGUGGUCAACUAGUUUAUACUGAUCCCAAUGAUAGAACUGUGAACAUAGUAAAGAAUACACAGAUACAGACAGUGAUCAGAUUACAAGAGUGGAGAUCUUUGAAUGUUUGUAGUACCUCCUCUGGUGACCUCCUGGUUGUCAUGGACAAUGUUGUUGAAAAAAAAGCAAAAGUUGUGCGUUACUCUGAUUACAAAGAGAAACAAAUAAUUCAGUACAAUAACAAAAUGCAACCUCUUUAUUCAUUUGAUAGAACAAUUUUUGAUAAAUGCAUCAGUGAGAACAAGAACCUAGAUAUAUGGGUAUCUGACUGCAAUGCCAAGGCAGCAGUGGUGGUCAAUCAGGCCGGCAAACUCCGGUUUACCUACACCGGUAAUCCAUCUACUACCAAGAAACCAUUUCAUCCAACCAGCAUCACUACAGACAGCCAGAAUCGAAUCUUGAUAGCUGACAUUAGCAACGACUGUAUCCACAUUCUGGAUCAGGACGGACAGUUCCUUCGCUACAUUGACAACUGCCAUUUACAGUAUCCAUCGAGUUUAUGUGUGGACUCCAGAGACAACCUCUUUGUGGCUGAGAGGGGCACUGGCAAAGUGAAGAAAAUCCAAUAUUACAUUUAAACAAACUGUGGACACUGAACCCUAUCUUUCUAGAUCCGCGAUCGAUAUUAUACCAGUUAGAAAUUAUAUUGAAUGGUCCAGUUUAUAAAUAUCGUCAUGUUAUUCUUGCAUAUGAUUCACAUCUUUAAGAUGCUUUAUGUAUUGCCAUACUGCAUAUUCUUAGUCAUGUAUAUAUAUUUUUUAAUUUGUUUUUCAUCUGAACAUACCGUUUAUGUAUAAUAAUAAAUGUAUAA